AGGAAGAUGAUGGAGGGGCAGCCCAUCCUGCUGUUUUGGAAUAUUUUCUCAGGUGUGGCAGCAGAACAAGCUGCCUCCCAAGCACGUAAUGAGCUGACUGAGAAACCCAAGCCCGAGGAGCUUGGGAGGAAAUUUAAGGAGCAUUUCUGGAACCAGAAGAUUUUGGCUCCUGCUUGGAUGCAUUGGAGAAGCGCGUCCGUCAUGGCCACCGUCCUCUCGCGCCGCCUGGGGAAGCGCUCCCUGCUGGGCACCCGCGUGGCCGUUCCCGACGGGAUCCUGGCGGCCUCCCAGAUUCCGGAAUUUUCCCCGCUCGAGGACGGAACGCCCGGAUCCCCCAGUCCCGGAUCCCCCAAUCCUGGAUCCCCCGGUCCCGGAUCCCCCAAUCCCGGAUUCCCGAAUCCCGGAAGUCUCCGGCAGCUCCACGGGCAGCAGGUCCUCGUCACUUCCCUGGAUGAGCAGAUCCAAGGAUUCCCGGCGUGCUGGAGGGCGCAGGACCCGCUCCGAGCCCCACCCCUGCGCACUUCCAGCAUUCCCGAGAGAUCCGUGUCCAGCAACAUCGACGUUCCCAAAAGGAGAUCCGACGCGGCCGUGGAGAUGGACGAGAUGGUGGCGGCCAUGGUGCUGACCAGCCUCUCCUGCAGCCCCGCCCUGCGCGGCCUCCCCCCCUCGCAGGCAGCCGGUGACCCCUGGAAGGACAGCGGGGACGUCUCGGACAGCGGCAGCAGCACCACCAGCGGCCACUGGAGCAGCGCCGGCAGCGCCACCGCGUCCCCUCCCCACCGCCCUGGCAGCGCCACCGCGUCCCCUCCCCACCGCCCUGGCAGCGCCACCGCGUCCCCGCCUCACUGUCCCGGCGGUGCCACCGCGUCCUCUCCUCGCCACGCCGGCAGUGCCACCGCGUCCCCUCCUCACUGUCCCGGCAGUGCCACCGCGUCCCCUCCUUACUGCCCUGGCGCUGCCACCGUGUCCCCUCCUCACCGCGCUGGCAGUGCCACCGCGUCCCCUCUGAGCGAUGACGGCUUCGACACCGACCCCGAGCCCUCGGCGCCGGAGGAGCCCGCGCCGCGCCGCAGGAAGAACUCGGCGAAGGUGAUGUUCAAGUGCCUCUGGCCCGGCUGCGGCAAAGUCCUGCGCUCCGGCGUCGGCAUCAAGCGCCACGUCCGCACCCAGCACCUGGGGGACGGCUCCGAGCGCGAGGAGGAUUUCUACUACACCGAGCUGCGGGUGCCUGAGGAGCCACCCCCGGAGCUGCCACCACCCGCUGUCCCUGCUGUCACUGCUGUCCCCGGUGCCACCGCUGUCCCCGCCGUCCCCGGUGCCACCGGGGCCAUCGGGGCCGUGUCCUGCUCUGCCCCCAUCGUCAUCCAGCCCGGCCCGGGCCAGCCCGGCCUGAGCCACUCGGCCCCCGGCUCUUUCUGGCACAUCCAGGCCGACCACGCCUACCAGAUCCCGCAUAGGAAAUUCGGGAACACGGAGCUGCGGCCCCACCGGAACGUGCCCGCAGAGCCCUUCUCCUUCCUUACCCCGCUCCCCGCGCCGCGGACGGAUCGAUGGCGCUUCCCGGGAGGGCGGAUCCCGCUGUGCCGCCGGGAUUGUGCCGGAGAGUAG